AUGCCAUUUGACCCCGCUUCACUGGGACCCGCAGCAUCCAAGCCCGCGUCUAAGACCAGCUCGACGAAGAGCAAGACGUCCAAGCCGGCGUCCAAGCCCAAGAGCGGCACCAAGUCGAAGACGACGUCCAAGGCGAGCUCCAAGGCCGAGAAGGAGGACAAGCCGGCGGCCAAGUCCAAGACCACUUCCAAGGCCAGCAGCAAGGCUUCCUCCAAAACGGCGGAGAAGCCUGCGGCCAAGGCUAAGCCCGCGUCCAAGGAGAAGCCCGCGGCCAAGCCGGCCAGCAAGCCCAAGUCGGCUGAGAACAAGGAGGAGCCCAAGCCCAAGGCUACGACGAAUGGCACGAAGCGCGCCCGCGCCGAAGAGCCCAAGGAGCCUCCCAAGAAGAAGGAGGUCAAGCGCCGCCGCACCGGUCCCCAGAUCAACCCCCUCCCCGAGGCUCCGCCUGCCCGCGGCCUCGCGCUCUUCGUGUGGGGCACGGGCGACAUGGGCCAGUUCGGUACCGGCCCCGACGACCUGGACGAGAAGCCGCGUCCCCAGAUCCACAAGUGGAUUGAGGAGCACCGUGAGGACGGCGAGCUCGGCGCGGGCACGGGCGGUAUCGAGUCGAUCGCCGCGGGCGGUAUGCACACGCUUGCAGUCGACGAGGCGGGCCACACACGCUCGUGGGGCAUCAAUGACAACGCCGCGCUCGGCCGCAACACGGCCAACCAGCCCGACCCCGAGAACCCGGGCUCGACGCUUCCUGCUGAGGACUUCGAGACGUGGCCCUUCGUCGUCAAGGCGCUCGAGGACGAGGGUUUCCGUGCCGUCAAGGUCGCUGCGGGUGACUCUGUCUCUGUCGCUCUGUCGGCUGAGGGCGGUCUCCGCGCGUGGGGCUCGUUCCGCUCCAACGAGGGUAUCCUCGGCUUUGACGGUGUCCCGGGCCACCCCAAGUUCCAGUUCACUCCCAUGGAGCUCCCGGCGCUUGCGCGCGUGGAGAUUGUCGACGUCGCUUGUGGUGCUGACCACGUCCUCGCUCUCACGUCCGACGGCUACGUCUACGUCUGGGGCAACGGGCAGCAGAACCAGCUCGGCCGACGAAUCCUUGCCCGCCGCGCCGCGGCCGGUCUGGAGCCCGAGCGCCUCGGCCUGCGCAACGUCGUGCACGUGGCCGCGGGCAUGUUCCACUCCUUUGCAGUGGACAAGAACGGCGACGUCUGGGCCUGGGGUCUGAACACGUACGGCCAGACGGGCCUCGACAGCUCUGAGGAGAUGAUCAUCCGGCCGCAGAAGGUGACCGCUCUUUCCCCCAAGGAGCACGGCGGCGCGCGUGUCGUCCAGAUCGAGGGCGGAGACGCGCACUCGCUCUUCCUCUUUGACAAUGGCGAGGUGUGGGGCGUCGGCCGCCAGGACGGCAAUGAGCUCGGCCUGGCUCAGGACCAUCCCGCCCAGGAGGGACUGAAGGAGCGCAGGAAGGAGAUUCAGGAGGAGCGCGAGGCAAAGGUCAAGGAGGCGGAGGAGGCGCUCGAGAAGGCGUCCGAGGACGACAAGGAGGACAAGCAGAUGAAGCUGCUCGAGGCGCAGGCCGCGCUGCGUGUGCCCAUGGGAGAGUAUGUCCCGGAGCCCGUCCGACUUUCUUUCACUUCAGACCGAGCUGACAGACAGAUCGCGUUCCCGCCCAUCCCCGAAGCCUACGAGAUUGUCCCCGACAUGCCUCCCUGGUCUGAGCCGGCGACGAACCCUAUCGCCCGUAUUUCUGCCGGAACGCGACACAACCUCGCGGUCUCGAAGAGCGGACACGUCUACGCCUGGGGCCUGGGCAACCAGGGCCAGCUGGGCUUGGGUUCCGUCGAGGAGGCGAGUGUCCCGACGCUCGUGCGCUCCAAGCAGCUGCGCCCGUACGAUGCGGUCGACUGCAGCGCUGGUGGCCAGCACUGUGUCCUCAUUGCGAAGAAGAGGGACGAGGAGGAGUAG